AUGGAUGAAACCUUUGCAGCAGAUGGGAAUGAAAACUCCAUUAAGCGAAGAAAUCACGCAGGGCCAUUACCGAGGGUUAUUUAUGACCUGUUUCUAAAUUGCAUUCGGCUGCGCUGCGCAGCCACCCUCCCUAAGUGGAUCCCGAGCGGACCCGAAUUGAAAGCGGCGGGCUUUCCAAAACCCAAAGGAGGCAUAACAAGACGUGAAAGAUUCAAGAACUGGGCCGAACGAAUGGAUGUAAGGUUCGAUGCUGAAGCGAACUCUGACGUACUUGUUCACAAACGUACUGGGAAGAUAAUUGUUCCCAUAGAGGAAUUUGAGACAGUUGUUAAAAAGAUUCAUUCUCAAGGUCACCAUGAUGUGAAGAAAACAUUUGCCCUGGUACGUACUCAAUACUCGCUAAUGGAAAUGUUACCAAACAUUGAAUAACUUAUACAAGCACGUAUAUAACAAAUAUUCUCUCCAAACCUUAUUUUAGCUAAAUGUAUUUUUAUCCACAUAUGGAGUCUGGGGAAAAUUAGCUUCUCAGCCCCUAGAGUGAUUUGCCUGUCACAAGAUUUUAGCCUUAAUAAUUUAAGUGAUUCAGACAAUCUGACACUGAAUAGGAAUUGUAAAUGCAUCUGUUGGAAAUGAGGCGUAGUGACCACCUAAAUUUUUUCACAGCUCAACAGUGAAUGGCUUGACAUUACCUAUAGUGUGACUCAGAACCUCUGACCACAGAUUUCGGCCUCAUGGGCUGUUGACUCAGAGCCCAUUCAGACUUGAGGAAUAAUUCUUAAAUUUCUGCAUAUUCACCCGGUACCCACUUUUGAGCCCAAUUACAAGGUCUCAAACUCGGGCACUGAAUUCAAGUUUGGGUACUUGAAAAAAGGGUGUGUUCACCUUAGUGUCCAGCAAGUACUGUUCUUGGGCACCAUUGCUGGGGCAAAAACACUGUGUCGAAUGCUUGAUAUUACUUCCCAAACAAAAUGAUUUCAGAAAGAGAAAUUAAGGAUGAAAAAGGAGCAGUUUUUCAUCUGAUUUCCAAACACUCAUUUAAACAUUAAUUUCUCUUGUAUUUUCUUUAUGAAUUAUUAUUGAUUUUGAGAACUCAUAUUGAAGGGUUCAUUUUUGUCAGAAUUAACAUAAGCAUGUUUGGCCAGGCUAUGGAAGAUUUUUUCCUCCUCAAAAAUAGGUAGUUGCAACAAAGGUUUGGAUGUUUUGGUUUCAUAAUUAUAUGAAGCUUCAAAUUGUAGUAGGAAAAAGAUGUCUUUUGUUUUGUGUGUGUGUGUAAUAACACCAGCAGUCAACAAGGCAGUAAACCUUUUAAUGUGAAACUAAGAAAACUGUGAACACCAGAAAUAUUUGUGGAAUGUUUUUGUGUUGCGAGGAAAAAGCCGAUCGGGCAUGAGAAACUAAACGGCAGGCAACAGUGGUAUUAAUUUGUGAUUGUGUGACUUUCUUGGGUUUCCUGAUCUUUAUUGUGAUUGCAUGCAAUACAUUCCUCAUUUCUGAAAUACAGUUGAAUGUCUCGGUACGGACACCUCUCUAUUAUGGAUAGUUUCCAAUGUCCUGACAAAAUUAUCAUAUAUUUUCUAUUAAAAAAAACCUCCAUAAUACAGACUCUCUCUAACACAGACAACGGACACUAAAUCUCGGCCCCAGAGAGUAAAUUCACAUAAAAUUAACUUGUUUAUUACGGACACUGCCGUGAUCAGGUGAUGAUAGUUUGUCUAUGCAAGUUGUGUGAUUUCAAAAGCCCAACCGCUAUAUAUCAAACAACAAUUUGCAAAAGGUGUACAGAGCAUGCAGAGGAACAUAACUGACUUAUUUAAGGCUUGAAUAACUACAGAUAGCAUAAAGAUCCUUUCUAUAACAUUUUGUACUCUAGUUACUGUUUACUGCACCUGCAAAAUAGUGAAAGGCACUUUCAGAAUUGUGCUUUAGGUUACAACUUUUUACAAGCAGCAUUGCACUGUAGCUCAUUUUGUUUUAAAACAGUGAUUUGUCUCCGACUGUACUUACUUUGUAGCUGAGAUGUACAAUGUUGUAUGCUACUGAAACUACUGAAAGACAGUGUCUUUGUGCUGUGAAUUAAUAAAUAAUUUAUUAAUGCAGUUUAAAAAAUUUUUUAUCUUACUGAGCACUUAAAACUGUAAGUAGAGUCAUAAAAGUGAUGUCAUCGUACUGACCUCUUUUAUACAGACCCCUCUCUAAUACGGACACUUUGGUCUGUCCCGUCAGCAUCCGUAUUAGAGAUGUUCGACUGUAUUUCAGUUUUUCUGAGUUAGACAGUAACUCCUUAGUUGAAUAGACUUAUUACUUUCUGUGCUUUUUCAUAACAAAAGUCGUGUAAAUUUUCACAAGUCACCAUUUUCACAUAGACCAUAAUACACCUUGUUUAACCCUCCCCCAAAUGUUGCUAAUAAUUGCCUUCAAUUUCUCUUGGGAUGACUGUAAUACCCAGGAACAAUUGAAAACAAUGGUUAUGCAAAAUUCUGGGGGUGGUCUAUUUGAAAAUGGUGAAGUGAAGCACUUACAAGGAGUAUUUCAAUAUUCUAGAUUCAACAAAAGUAUACUGUUGGACACAGGGACUUUGGAAUUGACAGAGACAUUGUUAGUAUCGUGGUAGAAACCUGUGCAGGUUGUUUGUUGAAGGGUAAACUUUUGGUCAGUAAUGGAAUGAAAAAUGGAGAUAGUCAUCUUGUUGUUCACAAUGACAGACUACCACAUUACAUCUGGAUGGGAAAGUCUGAGGCUUUAUCUAUGGUUGCCCAUGUGCCAGACAGCAAGUGCAUGUGGUUUGACAAGUCUGGUAGGUACUGUUUUAUCCUGGUCAUGUAAGUGAUCAUAAUUAUAGAUUUGGGCAAAGCCAAAAGCAAAGCUCUCUUGGAAUCUUGUACACCUGAACCUGAAAUACAAUGAUGUGAUAUUGGUCAGCAGAUUAUGACAGUAGUCAAUUGUUCAUAACAUGGAUGUAUAAUAUCAAGCUGAACAUAGAUUUUAUAUGCUAUAGACUCCAAGUUAGUAAGCAUGACAUUACACAUCCAUUAACAGGAAGGGUUGGACAUACAGACAUACGGACCGACAAUUUUGUCAGAACCAAAAUUUCUUGGGUGCAGGUUGCAUAGACAACCAAAUUUUAUUACCCAUGGUACUCCAGUGAGCAUGCUUUGCACACGCAACAGCUCCACCACCUUGUACCAUAGGUGUACGGAGCUCUCAAUAAGAAACAUCUAAGAGGCCCUGCCAGGGUAAAUUCCGACAAGCGACAUGGCCCAUAAAGUAGCGACAGCAUGUAAAAUGAAAUCGCGACAAGAGACAACCUCCCUCAGCCAAAUUGCGACAGUGACGGCAAAGCCGACAAUAAGUGACAAGCAUUUAUAAACACCGACACGAGACGUUUUAAAAUUCAGACAGGCGACAUAACCUCCCCUCGGUAGGGACUCAUCUAAUGGACAGCUACAGGCAGAGCUUUCCAUGGUUUUUUCAACUUCAACUGCCUUUUCUUACCUUGUGAAAAGAGAGGAGAAAUUUUGAUAUGAGGUCAAGUGUCGUGUAGGCUUUUUGCAGUGGACCUCUUCCAGGAAGCGUGCAGUCUAGCAGGGUGUAUGACUUAAGAAAGAGCAUAAGUAGUGGGAAUAUAAUCGUUCGGGUGAGUGUAUAGGUAGUCCUAAAAAGGACUGUUGUUGACAAUGACUGGCGUUUCAACAACCUGUGUGGUAGUCAUCUUCAGAGUCAAAGUGAGUUUUAUCGCCAAUCACAUUCAGUCUUCAUAGGCAACAACAUCAAGGCUUAACUGACAGAUAACCAAUAACAUUGCAGCAUAAUUGACCAAUCAGGCCAAUCAGCAGUGUUUUCAUCAACUGAUGUGAUACAACUCAUUAAUUUUAAGUCCAAGGAUAACUACUGCAACAGGUUGUCAAAAAAUCAGUCAUUGUCAACAACAGACCUAUUCAGGACUACAUGUAUGUUCACUCAGAUGCCUAAACUCCACCUACAGUGUACUUAUGAGAUAACUCCUACAAACCAACCUUUCACAAUUUUUAAACCUGAAUGCUCUUUCUUAAAAGAAAGAGCAUUCAGAAUGAGAUAGAAUCAUUUUGUAUGAUGUACCUCAGUGGCUUAAUCAGAUUUACCGUUUAGUUUGUUUGUACGUGUGUUUUUUUGUUGUUUAAUUCUCUAUACUCAUUUUUUUUUUCCAUUUUCAGUCCUUGCAAUUAACUUGGAUUUUAACACUAAACUCAAGGGUUUAGUCAAUGAGUUAAGAGGAGAAAUUGGAGCCACUUUGAAGGGGAGUAAAGAUGCAAAAGACAGGCUGUUAAGAAGUGAGUAUGUCCGCUUGACAAAGUAAAGUGUGUUGUUCUUUUGUAUAGACAAAUUACUGCCAACGUAUUCCCCUCCAAACAGACUGACUGCCAGUUCCUUAAAUGCUCUCAUUUGAUUUAAUUUUAUCUACCCAUUUAGAUGCAUGAAAAACAAUAGCCUUGACCAUUUCAAAAUAUUUCACUGUUUUGUUCAGAGACUCGGUUGUUUGAACCAGGUUUCGAGUUGCAUUUCACAAAACUAUAUAUUAAACGGGUUGAGUUCAGAGAAAAUUUAACAGCUUUCUCUCUUCAGGGACAAAGCGAACUUUCCAUAAAUAAUGAGGUGUCCGUCUUAAAAAACCGGGGUUCAACUGUAUCAAAAUUCCAAUGCUUGAGGAGAGAGGUACAGUAAUUGGAGAUCAUUAUAAGGAGGUAGCUGGCAUUAUAGAGAGGUUAAGACAAACGUGAAUUUAUCCGUAGCUACAAUAAAAAGGGACAGCAGUGGAGAGGCGGCCGUUUGCAAAGAUUCAACUUCAAAGGAUAAUAAGUCCCGCUCAUGUUGUCCUUCAGCAGCAUUUUUAAAAAUUGAUAAUAUUUAACAAUUAUUCCUCGAGCCUGAAUGGACUCUGAGUCAAUAGUCCAUGAGGCCGAAGGCCGAAUGGGCUAUUGACUCAGAGGCCAUGAGGGCGAGAGGAAUAAUUGUUUUAGUAAAAUCCAACUAGUUGGUCAAAAAUAUCGGGACAAAACAUUUUUAGCUAGUUAAAGCUAGACUUUACUCCUUUUUUGCCGCCAAAAAGCCGGCGCUUUUCGCUACUAGUUUGCUAUUAGAACGCAGCAUUAAUAAUAAUCCACUAGCUGGAUUUUACUAAAAGGUAAUAGGCAUUCCGGCGUUACUACAAAUAAACAGGCCUGUUAGUGUUUGGAAAGUGGACGACUUAAUUUUUAUAAAAGUUAUUAACGAUUCUUUUCCUUUUCCCCAUAGAAAUAUCAGUUGCUCAGUUUAUCAUCAGAGAAAUGAGAAUUUCGUCCCGCUCUCGACUACCGACAGAAAUACCUGAAUAUAACCAACAAUUUAUAGAUGAUAUGAAAUCUCUUCUGGAUAGCUACAAACAGGAUGGGAAAGAACAGCUUUUCAGUACGGACAUGGAACUCUUAACCGAAGCUUACAGAGGCGACGGAUAUACAGACUUGUUCAUUCAAAGUGUUGAAGCACUGAUCCGUUCGUUAACACCCAGAUAGCAUCUGCUAAGUGAUAAGCAUCGUAACAUGAUACCCAGAAGCGCGUAAAAUUUUGAAGAAAAACCACUUGUCAAGUUUUCCCACAUACACCAGCAUAUUUUAGCGAAAACCCUUCUCGAGAAAGAGGGGCUUAAUAUGUUGUAUUACGGUCAUCUCGCCACCACAUACUAACUCUGUAUAACUGACACUGUUUUCUUGCCUAUGAUUUUUACUUCUUGGUCAAGUUUAAGGUAUAUCGAUACAGUUUUUGGGAGACCAUACCGAUAUUUUUCAAUCACCUAAAAAGUAUUUUUAUCCUGGUCCGAUCGCUACAAAAUUUUCACCAGUGAUUGACCAUGAAUUAAAGUUUGUCAAAGUGUAGUUUUUAGUAAAAUCGAUGUCACUAUGACAACAAUAAACAAAAAACUUGAAAUCGAUCAAAUCCGGAUUUUCUGCGAUCUAGACCUCUUACUGAAAAUCAGACACCAGGAACUUUUAGUGUGGUGUUUAGCAAAUAACCUCCGUGAGAUGUAAAAAAUUCUGUAUGUGUGAAUUCAAAUAACACGAAAAUAUAUUUGGAACCUUUUAUUUCUGUAACCGUGAUAAAAUGUUUAAUAAAAAAGUUCUAAAUAACUC